AUGUCGACUCAGAAAGCUAUUCAAAUUUCCAAGACUGGUGGGACUGAGGUUUUGGAAAUAAACCAAAUCCCAAUUCCAAAACCACAACCAGGUCAAAUUCUGGUCAAGGCGGCAUAUGCUGGUGUUAAUUUCAUUGAUACCUAUUUCCGCUCUGGACUCUACCCAGUUCAAUUACCAUUUACCCUCGGCUCUGAAGGGUCGGGGACGGUCGAAGCUGUUGGGGCAGGUGUGACAAAAUAUAUACCUGGAGAACAGGUGGUAUACUACGGAACGGGCUCUUAUACUGAGUACAUAAAUGUACCAGAAAAGGCUAUUUCCCACAUCCCGGAAGGGUUGAAGCUCGAGGAUGCCGCUGCUAUCCUGAUCCAAGGGCUUACGGCAUUGACAAUGCUACGUGAGAGCUAUGAAGUCAAGAAGGGCGAUACGAUCCUUAUACAUGCUGCUGCUGGCGGUACCGGAUUAGUACUUGUUCAGCUUGCCAAGGCACUGGGUGCUACUGUUAUUGCGACCGCAAGUUCUGCUGAGAAGCUUGAAAUUGCAAAACAACAUGGUGCGGACCAUCUUGUUAACUACUCUGGUGGCGAGGAUGAAUGGGUCAAGGAGGUGCUUGGAUACACUAAGGAUGGCGAAGGCGUCGAGGCGGUUUUCGAUGGUGUCGGUAAGGCAACCUUUGAAGGUGAUUUGAAGGUCACCAAGAGGAAGGGCAGCGUGGUAUCUUUCGGAAAUGCUAGCGGUGCGGUGAAUCCGUUCAAUAUAGGCCGUCUUGGAGACAAGAACCUCAAGCUGCUACGACCUAGACUAUUUGGAUAUGUUGCUACCCGGGAAGAGUUCGACCACUACACACAGGAGCUCUUUGGUUAUCUAAAGAAUGGCCAGCUGAAAUUGAACAUCCACAAAAUAUACCCACUGGAAGAUAUCGUCCAGGCUCACAAGGAUCUAGAAGGGCGGGUUACAACAGGAAAGCUCGUUUUGAAGAUAUAA